GCUUCUGGAGGCCGGUGGGCGGGCGUCCGUGCCCGGCUGAAAGAUGGCCACCGCACCUCGGUAGCCGCCGCCCGGAGGUUACUCUAAGGCCUGCAGUGUCCACCCGUUCUGCGGACCGCCGCCGUCUCCUUACCAUGGAGCCAGUGAAUCGCCGUACCCUAGACUGGAUUUAUUCGCUGUUGCUCCUUGCGAUCGUAUUACUCUCCUGGGGAUAUGUCAUCUAUGCAUCAACAGUAGCCGCCCGACGACAGCUAAGAAAGGAAUACCCAGACAAAAUCUUUGGGAUGAAUGAAAAUUUGUAAUGCUUUGAUUUAAUUAUACUCAAAUAGUUCUUUACCUCAUGCUUAUAUGACUCUUGUCCAGAUUUAAAUCCAUAAUACAAAGUUUCCAAAUUUA